AUGAACAACAAAGCUAGUAGUAAGACCGGCAAAGAAAAGGAGACCGAGGUGGACGAAAUCGACCAGGCAUUGCAGGAGCUAAGCACGAAGCUCAAGUCCAUCCAGCCUGCCGACCAUCCUCAGCGAACACUAGAUCAACAAGAAGCUGCGAUUAAUAAUCUGCUGAAGGUUGACCCCAAAAUGCUCGAUCCGGACUUGGAGCUACGCCGGAUGUUCGGAGCCAAAGUGGCAAGUAUCGUCGAGCGGGGCGACGAUCCGCCCUCUGCAUGCAGUCUACGGCGCACGAAUCACGAAUGA